AUGGCCUACCAAGUUUCGUCCUCCCUUAGCUACCCAGCUUACACUUCAACUCCGGUCUACUAUCCAGACUACAGUUCGGAGACUUCGCCGUAUUCUUCGGUUGACACUCCAACCUAUACUCCAAUCUACACGCCUUCUGUGCCUAUUAGCAACCACAGCAGCGCUAUGCCUUCCACCACCACCACCUACGUCACUUCGGCGACGACUUUGACGUCCUAUAUCACUGCUCACCACAGCUCGGCCUACAGCGCCUACAGCUCCGGAUACAGCGCCUACAGUGCCUCUCCUGUCCCCCACAAGUGCGAUAAGGACAUCUUCGGCACCAUCCAGAAGCUUCCCCAGUCUGUCCAGACCUAUGUCUUCGAGGCCAUCGCCCACAGCAAGUGCAGCCCCUGCGAUUACGAGUGCAUCUGCAAGGACCUAGAGCACGAGGACGUUGCCGGAAAGGUUGGAAAGGGCUGCAGCAAGGAGGACUACGAGGCCUACAUCGCCUUCCAGAAGGAUGUCUGCUAUGCUCCCAAGCCGUACCCGACCCACAUCACCGAGUACACCACGUACACCACCACGACUGUGUGCCCCAUCACCACCGACGGCAAGACUACUACCACCACCAGUACCAUCACUGUUACGUCGUGCAAGGCCUACUGCACUCCUCCUCCUCCUCCUCCCGUCAACAACACCACGACCGUCACCUCUACCAGCCAAAUCACCUCCACCAUUCGCGUUACCGGCAGCUCUUCCGCUCCUCCUGCCCCCCCUGCCUCGUCUCCUGCACCCCCUCCUGUCUAUCCUCCUGCUGGUCCUCCCGCUGCUCCCCCGGCUGCUCCUCCCGCUGCUCCUCCGGCUGCUCCCCCGGCUGCUCCUCCGGCUGCUCCUCCUGCCGCACCUCCUGCCGCACCCCCGGCUGCUCCCCCGGCUGCUCCCCCGGCUGCUCCUCCUGCCGCUCCUCCUGCUGCACCUCCCGCCGCUCCUCCUGCUGCACCUCCCGCUGCCCCUCCUGCUGCUCCCCCGGCUGCUCCUCCCGCUGCUCCCCCCGCCUCGCCCCCAGUCUCACCCCCCACCACCCCCUCCUCGCCUGCCGUCCCCGACUACACCGGCGCUGCCGUCGCCAACGCGCCCGCCGUUCUCUUCGCGGGUGCCGUGGGCGUCAUGGGCUGGGUGUUCGCGGAGAUGUAAAGCGUUGUGUUGCGCGUGGACUUGGUGUGUUCCGACAAACAUAUAUUUCCUAUGUUCUAGGUUUCUUAUGUCUAGGUUUUCCUAUGUCUAGGUGGUCAUUGGGUUGGGACUGAUUAAUUUUAAUGCGUAAUUUGAGUAAUAGUAAUCUGUGUGCGGUGAGAAUAGAAGAAAAGUUUG